GCUUGGCUAAUUGCGGGGAGAGGAGAUCAAAAAAGAAAACAGCCAUGGCGGCCGAGAUUCAUUCGAGGCCACAGAAUUCCAGGCCUGUCCUCCUGAACAAAAUCGAAGGGCACCAAGAUUCAGUGACUGCCGCGAUCUUAAUUCCGAAGGAGGACGGAGUCAUCACAGUCAGUGAAGACAGGACUAUUCGAGUAUGGCUGAAGAGAGACAGUGGACAGUACUGGCCCAGCAUUUACCAUACUGUGUCCUCUCCAUGUUCAUGCAUGGCAUACCACCAAGAAAGCAAGCGGAUCUUCAUAGGACAGGACAAUGGAUCUAUUGUGGAGUUUCUUAUUUCCGAAGAUUUCAACAAGAUGAACCAUGUGAAAACAUACCCAGCUCAUCAGGGACGUGUGUCAGACAUGGUGUUCUCUUUGCUGAGUCAGUGGGUGGUGAGUACAGGGUAUGACAAGAGUGUCAGCUGGAUGUGCACCCAGAGCGGCUCCAUGCUGGGAUGCCACUUCUUCAGCUCCUGGGCCUCAUGUCUUCAGUAUGAUGAUGAUACCCAGCAUGCAUUUGUUGGUGACUACUCGGGACAAAUCACCUUGCUGAAAUUGGAAAGACAAACAUAUUCCACCAUAACGACUUUGAAGGGACAUGAAGGAAGUAUAGGAGCUCUGUGGUGGGACCCGGUGAAAAGAUGGCUGUUCUCCGGUGCAUCGGAUCACAGUAUAAUCAUGUGGGACAUUGGCGGGAGAAAGGGUCGCACACUACUACUGCAGGGACACCAUGAAAAGGUGCAGGCUCUGCGGUAUCUUCAGCUGUCUAAGCAGUUGGUCUCCUGCUCUGCUGAUGGAGCUAUUGCAGUGUGGAACAUGGAUGUGCCACGGGAGGAGGCUCCACAGUGGUUGGAUAGUGACUCGUGUCAGAAGUGUGAACAGCCAUUUUUUUGGAACAUUAAGCAAAUGUGGGACACUAAGACCCUGGGUCUCCGACAACACCAUUGCAGGAAAUGCGGUAAGGCAAUUUGUGGGAAGUGUAGCUCUAAGCAUUCAACCUACCCCAUCAUGGGCUUUGAGUUCCAGGUGAGAAUGUGUGAUGACUGCUACAACACAAUCAAAGAGGAAGAUCGAAUACCUAUGGCUAUGUUCCAUGAAGGGAAGCACAACAUAUCUCACAUGGACAUGGACAUUUCUAGAGGCCUUAUGGUCACCUGUGGGAAUGACCGUGUUGUUAAGAUGUGGGACAUGAUCCAAGUGGUUGGCUAUAACACUUCAGCAGGCUAUCAAUGAGUGAAUGAAACACUUGAAGCUUCACCCAUGCUUUCUUACCACAGAAGCCCAUUAAAGGACCUCUCGACUUAUGAAUCCA